AUGGACGACGCCACGCAGCAGCCAGGCCAAGCUGGCGACCACCAGGAACAAGCCUCGCACCAGCCCGACACCGUUUGCGAUUCUGGAGACUUUGAUCCCAGUCUCUUUGACACGCUGGAUACUUCCAGUGAGGAGCAUCUUCUGAAGCUUUUCCUCGCCGAGCUUGAUCAACAGUCUCCUCCGACCCAGAACCUCAACCCGGACCCUGCUCGCGACGCCGCUACGACUCAGUCGCAGCAACCCACCCAGACCCCAUUGCCCACAUCCGCAUCAACGAGCCACACGAACACCUCUGCCCCAAGCCAGGUGCAGCCGCAACCACUUCCGCAGCCGCAACCAUUCCCGCAGCCCCAACUCAUGCACCCGCAGCCGCAACUCAUGAUGAACCCUCAACCGCAAUCCACACGCCCGCAGCAACAGAAACGUUCAGAAAAGCGCCUCAACAACAGCGACAUGAUCAGGUCUUCCCUGGCCAAGGACGAGAAGUCCAAGGGCUCCGCCCGACAAGCGCAGCGCAAGAACAACCACCACCACCAGAAGGAUCAGCCGGCAAGCGCGACGCAGCAGAAGGGCAGCAAGCGCAAGGUCGACGGCGGGCCCGCCGCCCCUUCCACGGCAGAAGAAGCGACGCAGCCCCAGCGUCACCCCAAGCAGCGUCGAACCAGCAGCAACAGCAUCACCAACACCAGCGCGCCCAUUGCCGCCGGAGCCAAACCCAUCGGACAGGAUCACCGCGCCACCGCCCGUCCCGGCGGCUCCCAGACCAACCCGCUGCUGGUCCUCGACGACGACGACGACGACGACGACGACGACGACGUCGACAACAACAACAACAACGGCCUCGGCACCGCUCGCCAGUACGAACAGCAGCGCCGCCGCGACUCCCUCCCCGCCGCCUACGACAUCCCGCAGCCGCAGCCUCAACCUCAGCACCAUCACCACACCAUGGCAGCAGCAACCCCUCCCACCCACAACCUCUCCUCCUCUCACCCUCCCGCUCCCGCUCCCGCUCCCGCUCCCCUUCCUCCUCCGUCGCCGCCCGCGACCGAUCACGACGCCCAUCACGAACACCCCCCGCAGAUGAUCACGCACACGGCCCCGACCGCCGCCUUCGCCGUGCAAGAGACGAUCGCGCUGGGCGCGCCCACGGGCGGCCACGCGCAGCGCAGCUUCGCCUUCUCGCCCGCGUGCGGCGUCGGCGUGCGGCGCACGGGCCGGCUGGUGUCGGUCAAGAAGGGCGAGCGGGUGCUGCAUUUCACGAGCAACAGCGGCGGGGCCCGCCGCAAGAGGACGGCGACCGCUGCUGCUGCUGCUGCUGCCGGCGGUGACGGUGAUGGCGCGACCGAGGUCCGCGAGAUGAGUGGCCAUGGCCAUGGUGCAGGUGGCGGCGGCGAGGAGGAGGUGGUGGAGGCCGCGGUCCGGUUCAAGGUCGUCGGGUUCGGCCCGUGUGCGCGUUGCAUGGCGACGCCGGCGACGACGCUGUGCGACCGCGGUUAUCCGUGCCGCGUGUGCGUCGAGGAGGCGGGAGGCGAUUUGGUGGCGGCGAUGGGGGCGUGUCACUUGCCCAUUGUGGAGAAGCCGGAUGGUGUGAUUGAUGGGGAUGAGCUGCUUGAGAGGGGCUUGCAGGUUGUGAGGCCGGGCAUGGCCGUGGUGGUUGUGGCGGAAGACGAGAAAGAGGAUGAGGGGAAGGAGGAGACGGAGAAUGAGGAGAGGGAGCAGCAGAAGCGGCAGCAGGGGGAGGGGGAAGACGAGAAGGAGAACAAGGAGGAGAGGGAGAGGGAGAAUGAGGAGAGGGAGCAGCAGCAGCAGCAGGGGGAGGAGGGAGAAGAAGAAGAAGGACGGGUUGUGGUUGGGGAAGAGAGUGGGGCUGGUGAUGGGACUGGAGGGGGCAUGUCAGCGCUUGGCGGUGGCCAGUGA